AGAGAAAAUUGGGUUGCGCAGUUGCCAUGACGUGGAGCUCACAAUGGUGAUGGCUAGUACUUUUGUGAUGACGCGCAGCACCCAAUAGCCUCUCUCCAAGUCAGCAACAAAACGUUACCGGACAAUUCGAGUCACCAUCUUUUGUCACACUCUCCAACACAAAACUUGAUAUGCAACUGCUUCCGCCAUUAACCAGUUAAGUUCAUCUGCCUGUAUAAAUAAAUUACCUCAUUCCACCACUGAAACCCAGAGAGAGAGAGAGAUUGAAAACUUUUACCUCAAUUUUGAAAGCAUCUGUUCUUCCGUGAAAUUGAGUGGUCUUUGAUCAUUUAUUAGGAAGAAGGAAAACAUGUUUCUGGUGGAUUGGUUCUAUGGAGUGUUAGCAUCACUAGGGUUGUGGCAGAAGGAUGCAAAAAUCUUAUUUUUAGGCCUUGAUAAUGCUGGCAAAACCACCUUGCUUCAUAUGUUGAAAGAUGAGAGAUUGGUUCAGCAUCAACCUACACAGUACCCCACAUCAGAAGAGUUGAGUAUAGGGAAUAUUAAGUUUAAGGCUUUUGAUCUAGGAGGACACCAGAUUGCUAGAAGAGUCUGGAGAGACUACUAUGCCAAGGUGGACGCUGUUGUUUAUCUAGUCGAUGCAUAUGACAGAGAGAGGUUCCCAGAGUCAAAGAAGGAACUGGAUGGGCUUCUGUCAGAUGAGUCGUUGGCAAAUGUCCCAUUUCUCAUUUUGGGAAACAAGAUUGAUAUACCAUAUGCUGCUUCAGAAGAUGAGCUGCGUUAUCACUUGGGCCUAACUGGGGUGACCACUGGUAAGGGCAACGUCAACCUUGCCGAUACUAAUGUCCGUCCAAUCGAGGUUUUUAUGUGCAGCAUUGUGCGCAAGAUGGGAUAUGGUGAGGGCUUCAAGUGGAUGUCACAAUACAUCAAGUAGAGUUUACCACAAAGAACUUGUUGGCGAAGUUCAUCUUUUGAUCCCAACCAGUUGGUGGGCAAGAACAAAGAACAACUACCAAUCAGGAAGGUAGCAUGUCGGGUUACAUUGUAUUGGGAUAAAAGCUACAGCUUUGCACUAGCUUCUUUCUAUUUUUACCUUUACUCUUUCUGAUAGAAACUUUGUACAGGGAAAGCACAAAAACGAAAAAAGGGCAGUCCAAUCAUUAUCAAUCUAUUCCCCUGUUCUUUUACCUUGCAA